CCGGUGAUCCCCCUAUCACAAGCAUAGCGUCAUCAACUUUCCGACCUGAAAGUCGAGAGAAAUUUCCUGAGAUAGAUCCCCCAUAUUCUCGUAUAUAUACAGUGCUCUGGACUGGCAGUCUCUUAAGAGUCGAUUUUACUAAAGUUUGGCUAAUUUAUGACUAAUCUGCGUGUUGGAAGCAUCUCAAAGAAGCGGCAUCUUAAUACUUCCGAGGGUUCUUUGUGGUAGAGUUACGAGUGUCUCCAGUUUGUGAAACGUGUCUGUCCAAAAAAUCCAAAUGGCCAAAAUUUUAGUAGCAAUUUGUGUGGGCGUCAUAUUCGCGUUGAGUUGCGAUGCGUGCCCGGAUAUUAAGACCCGACAUAAUUGGGGAGGCCGCCCUUCGAAAUCAAUUGACUAUCAACCCGUCCCGGUGCCUAAUGUUAUAAUCCAUCACACAGCUUCCAGCCCGUGUAACUCCUUUCUAACCUGUUCUGUGAAAGUAGCUAAUAUUCAGGACUAUCACAUGAACGACUUGAAGUGGAGUGAUAUCGGCUACAACUUCCUUAUUGGAAACGAUGGGAACGUCUACGAAGGAGUCGGCUGGAACAAAGUUGGCGCACAUGCCCGUGGCUAUAACGAUAAAUCUAUAGGAGUCGCAUUUAUUGGGAACUUUGAUGGCGUUCUUCCACCAACUGCGGCAUUAGAUGCAGCGAAAUCACUUCUACGCUGUGGAGUAGAGGAUGGUCUUCUCGCCAAGAAUUAUCGGCUGUUUGGCGCCCGACAAGUGAAGAAAACUAUAAGCCCCGGAUUGAUGCUAUACAAUGAAAUUCAGAACUGGGACAAUUGGGUGGCUGCACCAUGAAAUUCAAAUUGUAUCUUAUCCGCACAAUGUCACUAUGAAAAUUCCAGAUAUCGAGUCCUAACUGGGUUGACUUGUUGUAUAAUUUUUAAGGAUUAAAUAGUAAUACUCAUUCUUCUUAUUUAUAUAAAUAUUUAGUUGCACUGUUCUUUUGCGAAGAAAAAUAAAUGUCUUAAGUUUA